CGGGUGGGUUCAGUUGGUCCGCAACCGUCUCAGGCAACGCACGUGUCGCAGUCUCAAAAUUCGAUUGGAAUAUUUGGAUUUGGGGAUUCUCGGUUAAACGCGCGCGCGGUGUUUAAAUAACUAAAACAACUGUUUAAUAAAAAAACGAAUAAGAAGCAGGCAAACUAGAUUCUUCUUCUGUUUGCAUAAAGAAUUCUCGGUUUAGUUCUAACCCAGCAGCUGCAGCUUCAAUAUGCCAGAGGAAGUGCCCGCAAAGGGCAGUGUAUUAGGCAAACUCGUGCCAGCCCGCUAUGUUCUGGCCCUGCUUGGAUCCAUUGGCAUGGCCAUUGUGUAUGGCCUGAAGGUGAACCUCAGUGUUGCCAUGGUGGCCAUGGUGAAUCACACGGCAAUUAAGGCAGCUAAUGUCGACCUAGGACACGGACACUUGCAGUUGAAUGUAUCAGCAUUGGCGCCCACCCAAGACUUGCCGGAGGAGUGUUCGCCACCGGGCGAACCCACAAAUAAGACGUCUGUCGUUGAGGACGGACCCUUCAAUUGGAGUGAACCCCUGCAGGGCACCCUGUUGAGUUGCUAUUUCUGGGGGUAUCUGGUCUCCCAGAUUCCUCUGGCCCAUGUGGCUGAGAACUUCUCAGCUAAAUGGGUGAUGUUGUUCUCCGUCGCCAUUAACGUCGUUUGUACCCUGCUAACGCCUGUCUUCACGAAACUUCACUACGGGGGUCUUAUUCUGAUGCGAGUGCUGGAGGGUGUGGGAGGUGGAGCUUCGUUCCCGGCCAUGCAUGUCAUGAUUGCGUCGUGGGCUCCUCCAACCGAACGAAUGGUCAUGUCGACCAUUAUCUAUGUGGGCACUUCUGCUGGAACCGCCCUGUCCAUUCUUCUAGCUGGUCUCCUGUCCGCCGAGUGGGGUUGGGAAUCGGUAUUCUAUGUCAUGGGUGCCCUCAGUUGCAUUUGGAUGCUGUUGUGGGUGAUUCUUGUACAGGAUAAUCCCAAUAAGCAGCGGUUUAUCAGUCCCGAGGAGCGUCAAAUGAUCACCAGUUCUUUGGGCACUGAGGAAAAGACGGAACAUCAUCCCGCUGUACCGUGGGGCAAGGUCUUCACAUCGGUUCCCUUCUGGGCCAUUCUGAUUGCUCAUACAUGCAGCAACUUUGGUUGGUACAUGUUCCUCAUCGAGAUUCCUUUCUACAUGAAGCAAGUCCUCAAGUUCAAUGUGGCGAGCAAUGCGGCACUCAGUGCUCUGCCAUAUUUCCCGAUGAUCAUUUUCAGUAUUUGUCUUGGCAAGCUCCUGGACACACUACAAGCCAAGGGAAAAAUCUCGACAACGUUUGCUCGCAAAACGGCCACCUCCAUAUGCACUAUCAUUCCGGGCAUCUGUCUGCUGGUUCUCUGCUACAUCGGUUGCCGGCACUAUGAAGCCGUCACCGUGAUGUCUGUGGGUAUUGUUGCCAUGGGCGCCAUGUUCUCAGGCUUCCUCUCGAAUCACAUCGACAUUGCACCCAAUUUCGCUGGAACUCUGGUGGCUUUAACGAACACAGCAGCCACCUUGCCCGGCAUUGUGGUGCCUCUCUUUGUUGGCUUUGUUACCCAUGGAAAUCAAAACAUUGGAGCUUGGCGCAUCAUUUUCGGUGUCACCAUUGUUCUCUUCGCUCUGGAGUUCCUGGUCUUUGUUUUCUUGGGUUCUGGUAGCGAACAGUCCUGGAAUAAGGCCGGCGUCCAAAAGGAUCCCGAGGCUAAGGACGAGAAAACUCCACUGAAGGAAACUGUGCCCGUUGCCAAGCCUUAACUACAGGAUCCGUCGUCGCCGCUACUACCAAAAGCGUAAUCGUAAUCUCGUUUCCCAUGAUCAAUUUUGCAAUCUGCAACUCAAGAUGACUUUUGAACAGAGCAUGCACCGACUAACGGCCAACUUGACGGUCGUACCACCGGACUGUAAAUACUUAACUACCAAUUACCAAUUAUAUAGUUUUUAGUUUCGCUAUAACACUAAGUACGAGUAUCUCUGUACCUCCAAGACAACUCAAGCCCGCCUAAUGUACUUAACACCCUAGAUUUCAAAAGUUAUCUACAAAUAAAGCGAUGUCGUAGUAUUCAA